GGCCUGAGGUAGGAGGUGGGGGUGCGGGAGCAGAUGCUGGGGCCACCCCCAGCCCCGCGGCGAGGAGUUGCAGGGAACUACCAGUGAUGGUGUCGCGGUCACUGCAGCCACUGCGGCAUAGGGCAUGGUACGGUGCCCGCAGCGCUCUGCGAGGGCUAAGGCAUCAGCGCUGCAGCCAGUGACCCCCGCACGCACCCCCGACCCGUCUCAGUUGCCACCUCCAGGUUCCCCGACCCACCAGGGGAAGAUGCUAGACCCCACGGCGGCCGCGCCCACCCGUCUUACGCUCCCUCCUUCCCCUCCCCAACCACUCCUAACCCUCUCUCUAAUCCCCGCCAACACACACCGCACACGCACACACACACACACACACACGCGCGCGCGCGCGCGUGCGAGAAUCCCCUGGAACUGGGAUGGUGAUGAAGGGGAGAAGGCGGGAAGGCAAUCUCGAAGAGAAGACUGGAGAGGUCUAGGGAGGGGGCGAGCCUGGAGGACAGUCACACCAGUGUUGGGGAGUGGGGGACGGGGCGGGGGCGACUAAGUCCUGAGCGGGAGAGAGGGGCGGAGAGUCACCUGGCGGGACAGCCGAGGACCCGAGCCUGGGAGGGACGCGAGCCUAGGCGGGGCGAGCAGAGGAGGAGCCGAGGGGCAGGGGCCAAGGUUGGGGGCGGGGACCAGGCGGGGCGGGAGCUUCAGCGGGAAUUGCCGCGCGAGCAGGUGGAGCCGCAGCGGGAGCCCGCCCGGCCGUGCGGAGGGAGGCGGCGGCUGGGCCGGGGCCAUGGAGCUGCUAAAGCUGAACCGGAGCGUGCCGGGGGGAUCCGGACCCGGGCCGGGGGCUUCCCUGUGCCGCCCAGGGGGCACCCUCCUGAAUGGCAGCGGCACAGGCAACCUCACCUGCGAACCACCACGCAUCCGCGGAGCCGGGACACGAGAAUUGGAGCUGGCCAUUAGAGUCACCCUCUAUGCCGUGAUCUUUCUGAUGAGUGUUGGAGGAAAUGUGCUUAUCAUCGUGGUUCUGGGACUGAGCCGUCGCCUGCGGACCGUCACCAACGCCUUCUUGCUCUCACUGGCAGUCAGCGACCUCCUGCUGGCGGUGGCUUGCAUGCCCUUUACCCUCCUGCCCAAUCUCAUGGGCACAUUUAUCUUUGGCACAGUCGUCUGCAAGGCGGUUUCCUACUUCAUGGGGGUGUCUGUGAGUGUGUCCACGCUAAGCCUCGUGGCCAUAGCCCUGGAGCGGUACAGCGCCAUCUGCCGACCACUGCAGGCGCGGGUGUGGCAGACACGCUCCCACGCAGCUCGUGUGAUCGUAGCCACGUGGAUGCUGUCCGGACUGCUCAUGGUGCCCUACCCGGUGUACACUGCCGUGCAGCCAGCAGGGCCUCGUGUGCUGCAGUGCAUGCAUCGCUGGCCCAGUGCACGGGUUCGCCAAACCUGGUCGGUACUGCUGCUCCUGCUUCUGUUUUUCGUACCGGGAGUGGUUAUGGCGGUGGCCUACGGGCUUAUCUCCCGCGAGCUCUACUUAGGGCUUCGCUUUGACGGUGACAGUGACAGCGAAAGCCAGAGCCGGGUCGGAGGCCAAGGAGGGCUGCCAGGUGGGGCCGGACAAGGUCCUGCCCACCCGAACGGGCGUUGCCGGUCGGAGACCCGGUUGGCUGGUGAGGACGGAGAUGGCUGUUACGUGCAGCUUCCGCGCUCCCGGCCUGUACUGGAGCUGUCUGCGCUGACCGCUUCCACGCCUGGGCCAGGAUCCGGCCCCCGGCCCGCCCAGGCCAAGCUGUUGGCUAAGAAGCGCGUGGUGCGGAUGUUACUGGUGAUCGUUGUGCUUUUUUUCCUGUGUUGGUUGCCAGUGUACAGCGCCAAUACGUGGCGCGCCUUCGAUGGCCCCGGUGCACAUCGUGCUCUUUCAGGUGCGCCCAUCUCUUUCAUCCACCUGCUGAGCUACGCCUCUGCCUGUGUCAAUCCCCUUGUCUACUGCUUCAUGCACCGUCGGUUUCGCCAGGCUUGCCUGGAAACGUGCGCCCGCUGCUGCCCUCGGCCUCCACGAGCGCGCCCCAGACCGCUACCGGACGAGGACCCUCCCACCCCCUCCAUCGCCUCACUAUCCAGACUGAGCUACACCACCAUCAGCACGCUGGGACCUGGCUGAGGCAGG